AUGGGCAAUGUCAAUGCCGUCAGCUAUCAGGAUGACAGAGUUGACAACGACACUCAGUUUUACACGGGGUACAAAGAUUUUCCAACAUAUCGAUGUGUUGCUAAAGGAAACGGCAGCGUAAAUAUUUUGCUGAUGGGCGAUUCAGUUGCGCGCAGAGCCUAUUCACUUCUACACAACAUACUCCAGGGACGUUAUCUCAAAUUUCGACUUUUCUCCAGGCCACAAUGUCCUUUGCUAUGGUAUUCGAAAUCAAUGUCUAGUGUGAUAAGGAAAGUAGUCCAGCAUGAAAAACCAGACAUCCUUUUGUACAUGCACCGUUCAUACAGUUCUUUCAACGCUCCAAUUAAGGAUUUGCAGAGAGACUCUACUUACAAACAUUUCCAAAGCAAUAUCGACUUUAUGAGGUAA